AUGUCACCAAGCAAAAAGAAGACUUCAUUACGAACAAAGCCAUUAGGGUUGGAAAAGAAGAGAGGUAGAGAGAUACAGCUAAAAGAUAAAGAUGUAGCAAACACUCAGGCAAAAAGUAGUACUACAAGUGCUUUAGGGGAAAGAAUGUUUUUCGUAUCAAAG